AUGGUGCCAGAAUUGCCAAGGUAUGUGGUGUUACAAUCAAGGUACAAUGCCAAAUACUUGAGCUACGUAAAAGAAGAUGAUAAGAUCCAUGACUUUCUCAAAUUCUCCGAAGAAGAGGUGGUGAGUCUGUAUGCAAAGUUCCAUGUAGAGAUGGCAAAGAGUAGUGGAGCUACUAAGGGACUGGAGCACAUAAGAUGCUGCUACAACAAUAAAUACUGGGUCAGGAGGUCGCAAACCCAUAAUUGGAUCGUCGCCGGCGCUGACGAACCCCAGGAGGAUGAAUCCAAAUGGUCAUGCACCUUGUUCGAGCCAGUCUACGUGGACGAACACAAUUCUGCUCAAGACGUCCGUUUUGGUCAUGUCCAGCUUCAGAACUAUGCGUGCUUAUGGUGCAAUGACCCACCCUACAAGUCCUGCUUAAUUGCAGCAAGUGGGGCCAGCAGCGAGUUGUGCGAUGCAUGUUUGAUCGUUGAUUGGGAGUCGUUGUUGGUAUUGCCCAAACAUAUAGUUCUCAAGGGAAACAACAGGAAGUACCUCAACACAGGUGGAUCUGGCAACACCCUUACUUGCAGUUCUCGUCUGAUGACAUUGGAGAUCCCACAGUGGUGA